AUGGCUCACAUCACCAGCAGUGUCGCGCCCGUCGGUUCUAUCAUCUUUUCCAUUAUUGCGCUGCUCGUGAUAUCCGUCAUCGUCCUUUUCAUCUUGCGAUACUACCUUCCGUUGCGAACCACUCCAGCCUUCUAUCUUGUCCCCAUCUUCUUUGCCUUAUGGCUGCCGUCAAUAGUCAUCCUCCUCGUUCCCAUAGACUUAGCUUCCAGCGCUGCUACCGACGAUGAAACUACCAGGGGCAUAUGGCUUCCUGAACGAGUUGUUUUGGUGUCGUGGCGAAUAACCUACUGGCUCACCUUUGUUCUGACUUGGGCCAUUUUACCCAUCUUGGGCGAAUACUCGGAUGCCGGACACCAUGAGCCGAACGAUAAACUGAAAUACUCCCUACAACAAAAUGCGCAGUUCUAUGCCAUUGUCCUGGGUGCAAGCGCCAUUGGUCUGGUCUAUGUCUUCAUUGCCUACCAGCCCUCGCUUUUGUCCCUGAAGGGCCUUGUAAUGACCCUGGCGUAUUGCUGGGGUCUUGUUCUCGCCAUCUAUCUCAUGGGCCACGGACUUGUUGCGAUUCCUCGACGUUUGAUUCGAAAUGCAAGUAUCAGCGGCAGACUACGAAGAUUACAAGCGCGAGCCCCAAAGGUCCACGAGCACAUGGACGACACACUGGUCAAUCUCGAAGAAGUUGAAGCGCAGGUUUCUGAGCUCGCUCGUCGGAAAACUGGCAGCGCCAUGAAUUUCCAAGAAUGGAUCGAGGAGCUACAAGACAUGGCCAACAUCCAGCCUUCUCAGGCGCCGAAUGUCACCGGUAUCUUUGCUGCCAACAAUAAUACUGUGCCACCAGUAAUUACGGAAAAGUAUUUGGCCGACCUGACCCGAAGAUUUGUACGGGCCCGACACACCAGAUCUCGAUACGUUGACGAAUGGAGCCGUUUGGUGCACGAAUCAGCCGAGUUGCAAGCGAUUUUGAAUUCGGCAGCUUCCAAAAAAUUGGAUUUCGGUGAGGUCUCACCACAUGCAGGAAUUUGGGACAAGACAAGACUUUUAACACCAUACACUCGAUACAUCUUCUACUACCAUAUCGUCCCGUACGCCCAUGUCGCCUUCGGCUUGUUCCUGGCUCUCGCCUCAGCCUGCGUGGUCUGGUCUGAAUUAGUGCGAUAUACUUUUCCUCGCCUAUCUAUCGUCCGCCUCAGCGUCGUCCAUCACUGGGUGGGGGAUAAGCCUGAGGUUGGGUUUGCUGGACAAGUUGUAUCAGCGUUCUGGAUUUGCUACAUGUGCGCGGCGGCGCUCCUUUCAAUGACUGAGGUCAAGGUUUGGCGUGGCAGAGCACUAGUGAAACGGAACACGGCUUACGAGUCGGCGUUUUGGUACUCGAUGCAAGUUGCGAAGCUUACCAUUCCGUUGUCAUACAAUUUUGUGACAUUUUUAUCAAAAGAGGUGUAUGAGAAGACCAUCUUCUACAAGUUUCUUGGGGAGCUUCUUGAGAAAACCGCACCCGGUCGAUGGUUCGAUGACCUGUUCCCGAUUCUUGUUCUUUUCCCUGUUGUAGCAACGCUCUUUGGGCUGUACGGGAAAGUCAAGCGUGUGUUUGUUGGAAUCGAUGUCAUCGAAGAGGAGGAUGAAAACGGCGGGCCGACAUAUGGCACUGGGUCUUGGCGGGAAGGCCGAGACCUUAUCGAGCGAGAGUUGGGCGGCGCAGCGACUUACAGAAGACGAGGGGACACAGCUUCAAGGGUGGCCUUGGGUGGACCUGGAAGUAGGGCCGCUCCCAUUCUCUCCAUCCCAGCAGCCAGAGAUCACGGCGCGUCUCCUAUUCGAUCACCUGUACCGUCAACCAAUGUUCGUCGCACAGAACGAGUUUCGCGUCCCCCCGCCUCCGAUGAUCCAGAGGACGACAACAUGUUCUUAAUCCUAGGCAAUCGUAUGAAAAACACUUUCGAAAGCAUCGAGGCACCUAAAUGGUUCCAGGAUAUCAAGAAGCCCAAGUGGAUGGGUGGCGACGGCGACAACGGCGACAGUUCUCAGAAUAAUACUGAUAUAAGAAGAUGGUUUGGUGGCGACGGACAGAUUCGGCUGUAG